GAGCUCAUCAUAAGGGAAAGAGAGUCACAAAUCUAUACAAUGCAGGAUCAAGAGCACGUCGAUUAUGAUUUGGAAGAAGACACGGAAGACAAGGCGGGCAAUGCUGACAGUCGUAUUGGCAAACGCAAGAGGGAUGCAGAAUCGGAUCAAAUGUUAGAUGAAGACACACCACUUGCUGCAUUGAUAAACAGGAUUCCAGAUAACUUCAUGAAAAAGUUGAAGGAGAAGGAGGCGCAAAACGUCAAGCUGUCCGCGGACCUUGCUGCAAUGACUGUGACCGCGCUACAGUUCCAGAAAAUGACGGAAGACUUGGAAGCAAAAAACAACAUACUCAAUGAGCAGCUAGCAAGAAAAACAGAGGUGGAAAAACUGAGUCCAACAUCAUCGGCAGCAACGCUGCAACAGACGCAAGAUCAACUCACGGAUGAGAUCGUAAAAACCAUUGAUUUAUUGGCAGAGAACUACCAAUUGAAAACUGACAACGAUCUUCUUGGUGCAACAAAUGCGGUGCUGAACGAACAAAUGGAUGAACUCAAGGCCAAUAUGAAGACCCUCAAAGAGCAGCAUCAAGAGUUACAACAGUCUAACAACGAUCUCCGUGCUCAAAUGGAAGAGAAAGAAAAACCGAGCCGAACCGACACCAUCCAUACACCAGAUGGCAGCCCCCGAAUGGAUGACUGUCCAUCGUUCACGCUCCUUUCUCCCACUCAGACGGGACCAGAAUCAACCCAUGGAGAAGAAUUCUCGCAGUUGCCACUAACUGCCAUGGAUGAAAAGGACCUCGGGAUGAUUGAUCUAAUGACAUCAGUGGAAUUGUACAAGCAGAACGAGGCUAAACUCCGGAGCAAAGUUCAAGACCAAGAACAAAUAAUAAAUGAACUCACAACUGCCUUACAAUCUAGACCACCGCAGCAAAACCCCGCUGAAGAAGAUGACGAUCAGUUUGAUGAUGCCGUGAACGAGUUUAUGGAAGAAAUUGAACCCAAAUCCGUUGUCGCUGGGCGCACACGAUCAAAAAAAGCCACCGUCUCACCUAGAACAGUUUCGAAAGUUGCAAAAACAUACAAGAAUUACACAGCUUACAAGCAGAUGUUAGAGACUGGCCAGCAACUGCUCAAUUUCAUAGCAACCACCGCUGGGGAUAAAAUGGGGUAAGUAACUCUUUGUAUUAAUCGACUGUGUUAUAUGAAUAUUAAUCGACUAUCACUUAUAAGCCAUAGUCAAUUAAAAAUCUACUUGUUUUUUGUACAGACGGCUGUACUGGAGGAGUGCAGAUGGCAAAAAAAUUGUGCAGAUUGAAGACUUGUUCACCAUCAUAAGGAAUGAAAUGAUCUACAGCGCAGUAAGUUAAAUUAUAAAGAAUUAUUCUAAUAAAUGCAAUAUAAUAUUAAUUGCUCUGUUAUCUUUUCAUGAAAAAAAAGC